AUGCUCACGAUCGGCGGCUGGAGCGGCUCGGUCUACUUCUCGGACCUCGUCUCGACGUCGAAAAAGCGGGCCGCGUUCGCCAACACGAUCAAGACGUGGAUGCGCGUGUAUGGCUUCAAGGGCGUCGACCUCGACUGGGAAUUCAUCGGCCGUCAAGGCGCCGGCAACAACAUCGUUUCGCCGUCCGACUCGGCCAACUACCUCACCUUCCUCGCCAAGCUCCGCUCGACGCUCGGCACCGACCUGUACAUCUCGGCCGCCGUGCCCGCCGCCGGCAUCACGGGCCCGAGCGCCACCAUCCUGAGCGACGUGUCCAAGUUCGCCGCCCACUUCGACUGGAUCCAGCUCAUGACCUACGACUACUACGGAGCUUGGUCGAGUACUACGGGCGCCAACUCGCCACUGUACACGUGCGACGCCGGGUCCGACUCGAUCGACGCCACGGUCAAGCGUUGGGUCGCAGCAGGCUUCCCGGCGUGCCAGAUCGUCCUC